AUGGGACUAAAGCAGCAAAGUCCGGUAAGCGGAGCUGGUCACGACUUCGGAGAAGAGUGUCCAGGAAAUCCUGAGUCGUGUAGAGUUCCGCACCUGGCGGCAGCAGCACAGACCUUUUCCGGGUCCAGCAUAGAAGGGAUGGGCCGCUUGCGCUUGAGCAAGAAGGUCCGCAUCCUGGGUCCAGAUCUUCAGCGUAAAAUCAGCUUCUUCUCGGCCUUGGGAUUCGGUCUCAUAUUUGGCCUGCUGUCGCUCAAUGCAGAGGAUCCGGAAGAGCUCUUCGCUGCGGCGACAGGCUUGCCAAGAAGACUGCAAACAGCGACCACAGCGACGACCACGACGGCGGAGGGCAAUUUUUACCCACCGCCGGACCUCCUGCUGAACCAGCCCUACUUCGAGGAGCCCCCAGGAAGGAAGGCCCUGGCAGUGCUCCAUGUGAUCGGAAUUGCCUACAUGGUUUUGGGACUGAACACUGUUUGCGACGUUUACUUUGCCGGUGCCAUCGAUCUUCUUUGCGACGCCUGGGAUUUGACCCCUGAUGUGGCUGGUGCAACUUGGAUGGCUGCUGGGGGAUCAGCUCCUGAAUUCUUCACUUCCAUAAUUGGUGCAACCAUGGCCCAAAAUGACAUUGGCUUCGGCACUAUCGUUGGAUCUGCCGUGUUCAACGUCCUGUUCGUAGUUGGCCUGUGUGGCUGGGUAGCAAAAGGGAACAUCGAUCUGACAUGGUGGCCUCUCUUCAGGGACUGCUCAUACUACAUUGUCUCCCUGGCAGUUCUGGCUGCUUUCGUGUCGGACCAGUAUGUGAAGCCGUGGGAGGCCGGGAUACUCUUUGGAAUGUAUCUCAUCUACGUGGGUUUCAUGCUGGUCAACCGACCCCUGAACGUCUGGGCGUACCAGAUGACCGGUACGCCGCUGAACAAAGAGCUCAGGGAUUAUGUGCAGGAGAGGCAGAAGGUCAGCAACAAGGUAGAGCCGCUGGAGGCAGUAGAGGAAGCUGCCCCAGCAGCUCAGCCAUCCGACGAGCCGCCAAAGCCUGCAAAGGACAACUACAUGGAGCCGGAUAAGGUCGUUGUCAAAACCACCCCCCUUGAUGACGACGACGGGAAGGAGCCCGAAGAUCUGUUGGAGGGCAAGCUCAAGGACGAGAAAGGCAUGGGGAAGGACGAUGGCAAGGAUGGUGGAGGGGACGGCGAAGAUGAUGAGGACGAUGACGGACCGGAUGACUUCAUGGAACGUCCGGAGGGAAUGUUUAGCACCAUCAUCUGGGUUUUGAGCCUGCCGGUUUACGUGCCGCUCUACUUCACGCUGCCAUGGCCUGCCAAGGGCUCGAAGCUAUAUAUGGUCACAUUCGGGCUGGCAUUGAUAUGGAUUGGUGGCUUUGCCUUCUUGCUGGUCUGGUGGACCGAGACCGUUGCAGCAGUCAUUGGGAUUCCAACCAUUAUAUCUGGGUUGACGUUCCUGGCGGCCGCAACCUCCAUCCCGGAUGCAGUGAGCUCCAUGGCUGUGGCUCGCAAAGGCCAAGCUGACAUGGCCGUGAGUUCAUCGGUCGGAUCCAACAUCUUUGAUAUCCUCGUUGGGCUUCCAGUUCCCUGGCUGUUGAAAAGCGCCAUCGAAGCCAACAACCCUCUUUUCCAAGGCGUCUUCAUCAGGUCGCCGUUCCUCAUGUUCUACACCUGUUUGCUCUUAGCAAUGGUUUUCGGCACGGUGGUGAGCAUCAUGAUUAGCAAAUGGAAGCUCAACAAGUUCCUCGGCGGAUGCAUGGCUGUCCUCUACGUCUUGUUUAUCAUUGCCUGUGUCGUCAUCGAAGAGACAAGCGUCGUCGAGAUGUUGAAGGCCAAGUACGGAUGCCUCAAGGGACAGCGAGCGCGGGUCAUUGGGGAGACUCAGUCGCUGCUCCAGUUCGAGGGAGGCAAGACAGCGCCGAAGGCCCACGAAGGCAGCGGCUGGAAGUGGGUGAUUCGAGAAGAGGAGGAGUCCAAGCAAUCUGCAGCAGAGGCGCAGUUGGCUGCAUUGCAGAAGGCUGCAGCACUUCAGGCCGAGCAGGUCGCAGCUCACAAGGCCGCAGAGCUAGCGCGUGCACAGGCAGAAGCCAAGGCUUAUGCCGCAGCGCAAGAAGCCAUGCAAGCCAAGGUGCGGCGUGCUGGACCCGAUUCCGAAGACGGCGGAAGCUCAAGCUCCAGCUGUCCAAGUGACUCAAAUCUGGCAGCAAAGAAGAAAAAGAAGAAGGCACAGAAGGACUCCGACUCCGGCUCUGGCACUACCAUGUCCAGGAAAAGGAAGCCCAAGAAAAAGACAAAGCCGAAGGACUGGCAGCAUGAUUUUGCAUGGCCUUCAGCUGCGCUGUCGAGUCUGACACUGUCAAUGGCCCAUUCAGGCUCCGAGCAUGCCCAUGCCGCUGCCGAGUUGAGCAAAGAGGGCCAGGUCUGCAGAACCUUCACGUAUGGGGAAGUCUUGGCAUGGGCGAAGCACAUAGCAGGGCAAAUCCUGCACGACACCGCAGUGCCAAAGACCGGUGAAGUGCUUGUGGCUCUGCUCCUGAACCGCUCGGCGCUUGCUCUUGCAGCAGUUCUUGGCGUUUGGGAAGCUGGCGGUGCCUACAUUCCCGUGCCGAAAGAUGCGCCACUGCAGCGUCGAGUUAUGCUGUGUUCGGAUGCAAGUCUCGUUCUAGCUGAUGACGCAGACCGUGAGUUGGAGGACGGCUUGAGCUUGAGCUCUGGCCCCGCCGUCCGCCUGCUUGACAGAUCCUUUGUGCCUGCCGAUCUGGGCAGCAUCAGCCUGCAGAGCGAGGGCAUCCCUGAUCCCAGCCGAAUAUGCAUGGUGAUUCACACGUCCGGAUCGACUGGACGACCCAAAGGUGUGGUGUGCGACCAUCGUUGUCUCUGGCACUCGGUGAGCUGUUUCACCGCAGAUCUCGGCGAAAACAACUGCCGCAGCCUUCUUUGGAAAACGCCCUACCAGUGGAGGACUGCCGAGUACGAAAUGUUCCCUGCGCUUUGUCUGGCAGGUUGUGUUUUUAUCGCGCCGGACGGGUUUCAGAAACAGUUGACCGGCGUUGCCGAUGCCAUCCGCGACUAUAACAUAUGCGUCAUCGCUGGCGUGCCUUCAGUUUUGAUGCACAUGAUGGAGCAUCUCUCGUCCUGUAUUCUGCUGAAGCACGUCGUAGCCGUUGGAGAGCCACUACCGCGGAGUCUUUGCAGCAAGGCCUUGCAAGCAUCCCUCCAUCUGAGCAACUAUUAUGGCUUGACAGAGACCGGCAUGACGACAUGGCGGUGCCGUGCCGUGCCACAAAGUGCCACAGCCCCCGUGGGACAACCGCAGCCUUCGAUAGAAGUAACUUUAUGUGAUGGAGAAGGCAGAAGUGGCCUUCAGGGGGAAGUCAUGUUUGGCGGCAUUAUGUUCCGCGGCUAUUUGAACAUGCCCGAGCUUACAGCGCAGAAGUUCCGGCAGGUGAACGGCCGAGCCGCCUUCCAGAGUGGCGAUUUUGGGAAAUGGAACGGCCAGGAGCUGGAAGUCUGCGGGCGCAUUGACAACCAGGUCAAGCUCCACGGCGUGCGGAUAGAGCUGGCAGAGAUCGAGGCCGCUUUGGCGCUCUUCUGUCGGGAAGCGGCAGUGGUUCAAGCGGCAGAGGACGAACAGACGCUUGUUGCUUUUCUGGUCAACUGCAGGGUAGGAGCUCAAGACUUGCCUCCUAAGUUGGCAGAGCAGCUGCCCAAGUGCAUGGUGCCUUUGCACUUCCUGAAGAUUUCCGCCUUGCCGCGCCUGGAAAGCCAGAAAGUCGACCGCAAAAGCCUUCGGGAGCAGACCAGGGGACUUGCAACGCGAGCACAAGCACAAGAUGCACUGGCUGAAGGUGUCCAUGCCAUGGUCCAGUACCUGGAUUCCCUGGGUUUUGCUCGGGCUGUAAGCCGACAGACAAUGCAGCUCUACAAUCUAUGGGAUUGCCUAGCUGUUAUCGGCAUGGUGAAUGUCGUCCUCUUUCAUUGGUUUUGGUGCGUUUUGAUUGAGCCUCGCACGUACCAACUUCCGGCCCCUGGUGAGCCUGCGGACAACUCGGUGACCAUGCCGAAGCUGCCGGUGCCCAGCUGGACUUCGUUUACCUAUCGGCUCGCGACCCAAGAUUGGGCUUAUGGUGUCUUUUGUUUCGCGGCUGCUGCGCACACGUCCAGCGAACGGUCGGCUUUCACGCAGAGGGAUGCCGCGAUUUUGGCCCUGUACUUUUAUGCAGGCUUUCUGCCGAUGUUCCUGUCCCUUUUCUUCUCGGAACCCUGGAGCAGCAUCGUGUUCCAUGCGGAGACUAUUCAGAGAUGGUUUUUGCUUUCGCUGAUCAUCGGCAAGGCGGCGUUGGUGUUGGACACAUGGUGCGGUAAAGGUAGCUUUGCCGCGCUGGGCCUGAUUGCUGUUGCCUACAUCAGCGUGCCCUUUUGCUUCGAGAAUUUAUGCGGUUACGGCGGUGAGUAUGUCUUGCCCACGGACUGGUGGCCGACGUGCCAAGCGUGUGUCUUGACACCAAAGGUUUUGAUAUGUGCAGUGCUCUACGCCGCGGCAGUGCGUUGCAAUUCUACCUGUUCGUGGCUGGUUUUGACAGCACGUCCCUGGUGGGGACUUUGGGUUUUCGGUGCAUCCAGUCUCCUCUCCUGGCUCUUCUCCACGCAGUCGGCCAUCGAGAAGGAGGACCUAAACUUAUCUUGGCGACAGCGUUCGGUGGCAAGACUCGCCAGCCUGCUUCUGAUCGUAAUCCAAACCUUGUCUUUGGCAUCUCUUUGCAGACCCCUGGCAAGAAUGAACUUUUACAAAUGGCCAGCACGAUAUCUGUUGGGCGGCUAUCUCCUCAAUGUAAACUUUCUGGACAUGCUCUCCUUGUCCCCGGAAGUCCGUUGGCAGCUGCUGCUGCCGCUUCAGGACGCCGGGCCAGUUUGGUCCGGCAUCUUCACAUGGAUGGCCAUGAUCACGCCGGUGGUGCUCUUCCUUCUCCUCGCAGCUCCUGCGUUCCAAUGUCUGUGCAUCCAGCUGCCCCAACAUGCAGUCAUGCGAGCGGCAGCCGCUGUCAAAGCGCCGUUCGCCAGAGCUCGGCCUCUUCGGCAGCCGCUCCUGCCAGAGAGCUCCCUCAGUUCGGCCUUCGGGAACAGCGAAAAGACGGCUCGAGCGCCAAAGUCAAAGGAAGCAAGCCGCAGCCGCAAAGACGUGCACGGCAAGGGAAGGAAAAAGCCUAAGCGCCCGGUAUCGUCAAGCUCCGGAACUUUUUUGCAGCCCAAGAAGUCCAAGAGGUGA